AUGGAAUCGGUUCACGGGAAGUUUGAGAUGGAGAAGUUUGAUGGAUCUGGUGACUUCGGUAUGUGGAAGUUUAAGAUGCAAAUGCAGCUGGAGCUGCAAGGGCUGGGACACAUCUUGACUGAAGCAGCUAGUUCUACGAAAGUAGAAACUACAGAUGACAGUGACGAAGUCACUGAUAAGGAAGUUAAGGUAGAUCCUCUGGCUAAAGAAAAGGAUACUCGAGCCAGAAACCUUAUCUGCUCAAGCCUCACCAACAUGGUACUAAGAAAAGUAAUGAGAGAAGCAACCGCCAUGGGGUUUGGAGAGCACUUGAAGCAGAUUAUCAAACAAAGACCUUGCCUAACAGGAUCUACUUGA